CGGCGAAGCCACGCCUCUUUUCGCGAGGCCCCGUCUAUAGCUACGCGCCGCAACUCAGCGGAAGUCCCGCCCUCCUGGGCCGUUUCGCUGCUCUUCGCUUCCGGUCGCGGUGCCAUGGCCGCGCAGAGUAUCUCCAAAGCGCAGUACCUGCAGCGCUACCUCAGCGGCCCUCCCGCCGCUCAGCCCCGCCGCCGCCGCAAGAAGAAGCCGCCGAGCGGCUCCGGCAGAGCCGGGAUGCGGAUCGUAGAUGACGACGUGGGCUGGAGCAGCAUCGCCGCUGUGCCUGAGAAGGAAGAGGAGGAGGACGAAAGCGACGUGCCCGUGGUGGCAGAGUUUAUUGAUGAGCGUCCGAAUGAAGUGAAGCUCAUGGAGGAGUUCCGAACAAACACUAAAUGGAAGCUUUUAGGAGACCAGAAUGAAGACUCACAGAGCUCAGAUAUUUCAGCACCUGCCAAACCUACCACAAGGCAACAACGUCACGACUCCCCAGAUUUGUCCCCUCCCAGACAAGAGAGAAAUGAUUCCCCCAACCUCUUACCUCGCAAGCAACGACAGCGUGACUCCCCAGACCUGUCACCUCCCAGGAGGAAGCGCCACGACUCCCCAGACCUCUCACCUCCCCGGAGGAAGCGCCACGACUCCCCAGACCUCUCACCUCCUAGGAGGAAGCGCCACGACUCCCCAGACCUCUCACCUCCCCGGAGGAAGCGCCACGACUCCCCAGACCUCUCACCUCCCCGGAGGAAGCGCCACGACUCCCCAGACCUCUCACCUCCCAGGAGGAAGCGCCAUGACUCCCCAGACCUCUCACCUCCUAGGAGGAAGCGCCACGACUCCCCAGACCUCUCACCUCCUAGGAGGAAGCGCCACGACUCCCCAGACCCAUCCCCACCAAAACGGCAGCGCCACGACUCCCCAGAUCUCUCUCCUGAAAGAAUCAGUUCAGCAAUGGGAAAAAAAGGCUGUCAAAUGACAGAUGCUUCCCGUGUAGAAAAGCUCCGUCGUGACUCUGAUUCUCCACCUCCACGAAGGGGGACCCAAGAUGCCUCUGAGGCAGACCUUUCCCCCCAGCGGAAGAAUCACAGGGCUCUGCCUUCUGGAAAGGGUCAGCGUGGUUCAAGGAGUCCCCCUGAUCUCUCACGUCAUCGGUACCCUGAUGAUAAGGGAUCUCCCAAAAAGGCCAAAAUGAUGUCUGGGGUCAAAGCCGGCUUGGUGUCAGCUGACGUGCUGCGGAAAGAGCAGCAGGAGCUCAGGAAGCAGGAGAGAAGUAGCAAGCACUUGGAAGAGGAAUCCCGACACACAGAAACCAUCUUCCGUGACAAGUCAGGCCGCAAGAGGGACCUUGAGCAGGAACGGCUUGAACAGAAGCAGAAAGAUGCAGCAAAGUCAGAGCGAGAUGAACAAUAUGCCAGAUGGGGAAAGGGGUUAGCGCAGGGGAGGCAACAGCAGCAGAAUGUGGAAGAUGCAAUAAAAGAGAUGCAAAAGCCUUUGGCCCGUUACAUCGAUGAUGAGGAUCUGGAUCGAAUGCUGCGAGAACAAGAGAGGGAAGGAGACCCAAUGGCUGAGUUCAUCAAAAAAAGGAAAGCCAAAGAGAACAAGGAAAAAGAAAAACCUAAGUACAGUGGACCAGCACCUCCCCUCAACAGAUUUAACAUAUGGCCUGGGCAUCGCUGGGAUGGGGUGGACAGGUCCAAUGGAUUUGAGAAGCAGUUCUUUGCCAGGAUGGCCGACAGGAAGGCAGUUCAGGAGCUUGCAUACAAGUGGAGCAUUGAAGACAUGUAGAAAGAAGAAACAACCAUCCAUCUCCUUGCAAGGAAAAACAUAAAGCUCCUGGGCAUCUGUGCUUCACUUCUCCCUUCCCUGCAGGUCCAUCAGUAUGCAGUGCCCGUUACCUCGAUGAAGGACCCACGCUGCCUUUGUGCAGUCAAGGUUACCUCCACGCUGAGCUCUGCAGCAGCCUUGUGGUGCUCACACCCAGCUCACCGCCCGCUCUCCCAGCCCCAAGACCCUCCCGUGCCCAGCAGGACCUCUGCCACAUAUCUCUGCUUUCCUAACAGCCCUUGGAAGCCACACACCCAUCUGCCAGGUGGGUUUUUCAGCAGCAAAUCCUGCUCCAAAGAGAGGCUUUGGGCGAAUGGGAAGUGGCAGGCGGACCCACUCGUGCAAUAGCACGGGCUGCCAGACACACCUGCUCCCAACACCGUAAUGAAGGCAAAUAUUUAGAGAAUGGCAGAGUCCAAAUUGCUCAGCGUUUCAGUCGGAAUCAACAGCCUUUCGGAGGCUGGGAUUAAUUUGAAGGAAUUUACUGGUGGAGUUGGUGGCAGAUAAAACAGUUUGCUUAUUUCACACUUGUAUGGCCACCUGCUACAAACUGUUUGUUCAGUUUCAAAUUCUUUAAUUAAAAUCAACAUAAAGCAGAUUGAAAACAUCCCAAGAAGGGGAUGCUUGAUUUGCUGGAGGAUAUUGCAGAAGACAUGCCAAAGCACUGCCAAGGCGCCUUACCCAUCGGAGCCCCGGCAUGUGCUGGCCGUGGGCACAGUUUGCCACGGUUCCCAGCCCUGCCAGUGAUGCUUGGGCACCUGUGCUCCCUGCCCCUCAUUCCAGGGCACCAUUUAUCCACAUUUCUUCCUCCUUAUGUCCUCCCUGCAAGGCAAGCCCUGCGCACUCAGUGCACAGCGGCGCGUUGGCCCCUUUGUGUGGCUGAUUAGAGGCCCUCCUCCACCAAACAUCAAAGCUUCAAUUAACACAGGCCGCUUGCAACCCUCUUGCAGAACUCAGAUAAGAAUGGAAUUUUCCCUUGGAAAAUGGAUUUGUAUUUAGCUGCGUGUGCUGUGCAGUAAAUGACCUGCUCUGUGCGGUGGCAGAGAGGGUCCGGGGACAAUUAGGGUGCUCAUUGGGAGCCGGUUAUCUGAAGGAAACAGGCACACUGCUAUUUAGCUGUCUAAUAUCCCAAUGGGAGGGGAACCAAAAUUAAAAACUGUCUCUCUUUUCAGAGCCAUUUGAAUCUGAAGGAGGAUUCCUUUUUUAUUCGGUGCUUUUCACUCGAAGGUUUCUUCUUUUUUUUUCCUCUCUCUGAUUCCCUUAUUUGCGUGUGGCCGUUUGCAGAUGAGAAGAAUGGAGAGGGGAAGGAGGGCUGACCGUGCUGGGGGGCACAGCGCUGUGCUGGGGCUCUCGAGCAUCCCCAAGGCUGCUUGGUGCUGGGACAGCAGGGCAGUGGGAUGGCAGGACAGAAGAGCAGGAGGAGAGUGGGGCAGUGGGAUGGCAGGACAGUGGGACAGCAGGAUAGAAGCCCUCCUCAGCCCCACGGCCUUGGGCAUCCCUCAGGGGGGUGGCAGAAUAGUAGGACAGAAGGACAGUGGGACAGCAGGGCAGUGGGGCAGCGGGGUGGCAGGACAGCAGGACCAGCAGGGCAGUGGACAGAGGGAUGGUGGGACAGCAGAGCAGCACAGCAAUGGGACAGCGGGAUGGCAGGGCAGUAGGACGGCAGGUUGGCAGGGCAGUGUGAUAGCAGAACAGUGGAACAGUGGCAGGACAGCGAGAUGGCAGAUCAGGAGGACAGAAGGGCAGUGGGACAGUGGGAGAGCAGGACAGCAGCCCUCCUCAGCCCCACAGCCUCAGGCAUCCCUCAAGCACGUGGCUCCUCUGCACAGCAGCAGCAUCUCAGCAGAGGAUCCACUGAUGCUUGGAGACACCGCUGGAGCCUCUCCACGUAUUCAUCAAAGCUCGUGCAUCCCCCACUCCAAUGCAUGCAAAACAAUAACAAACACGCAGUGCAGAAAGUUAAUAUGUAGCCAGACGAGCGUUUUAAUAACUGGAAAGGUUAAAAAAAAAGCCCUCUCAGGCUCCAUGUGGGCUCCUGCCAGCUCGCGUUCCUGAGAGUCUGGGAGACCCACAGUACCAUGACUGUAUUGAUUCAAUUAUUCUCUACAAUGUAAUACUCUGCAUUUGUGUGAUAGCAACAAACAGAGUUGAAAGACAUACAAAAAUAAAUGAUCUGAAAGUUAAUAUGGCUGAAUGAGCAGCUCUGAAUAAGAGGAGAGAGAGCUUUGGUUUUACAUUGUAAAAUCAAUAGCGUGCAGAACAAUGUCCUAACUUUCUCCAGGGACCCGGAGAGGACCCGCCUGAAUCGAUCACUAUGCAAAUUAAUUGAAUUCAUGAAAUCCACAUUGCUGGGUAAUUGAUGCUUCUUAUAAUUACCUCCGAGUUAUGAGCUUUUAGGGGAUUUCAUUGAUUCCUGUGUAGAGAGAGGGGGCUGGCGGGGGAAGACGGUGGAGCAUCCAGAGGUUCUGCAGCUGUUGGGAGGGGAGAAAAGCAGAUGGGUUAAGGCUGAUAUCGGUCUGCCCCUGAUUGAUGGAGCAGAGCAGAGGUGACAAAGCUGUGGCCGCUAUCUGAGUUUUCCUGUUUAAACAGCCACAAGUGCCGGGAUUACUGCUUUCACCAGAGGAGAGGAAACACCGCAAGGCUGAGCCGAAAGCAAAGGCGGUCAAUCAGUAAUGAGCACAAAGCUUUUGUCAUGGAUGCGUUUGGCUCGCCUCCGUGGGGCUGACCGCCCCCUCCCCACUGCAGGAUCUGACCUCAUUGUUUUGCUAAGGGAUGCCCGACCCCAGCUGUGUGAGCAGCCCUGCAGCACAUCAGCCCCACGGGGGGGCGUUUGGCACGGUGUGGGGCUGGGUGCUGUGCCACAGGUGUGUGGGGUUGGUUGUCAGCCUGGCUGGUGGAUCGUGUGAGCGAGCAGGUUUUAUCAGAAGGGAUAACGGGCUUACGUGGCACAUUAUUUAAGGAAAAGGGACAAGCAAUUGAGCUCUGCAGACUAAUUAGAUUAAGUUGAUGAGCUCAUCAGUAAUGUGUGUAAUUAAGAUCAAGAGCUAAUUGGGGGCUGCUUGGUGCCCUACAUUCGCUGGGCUGUCUUUGCGUGGCGCGCUGUGGUUGGGAAGCAGUGGGGGUCUCUGCAGAUGGGUUGUCCCAGCUCCAGCUCUGGUUGAAAUGGGUGGAAGCAGUGGUUUGGAUGUUCAACCCUUUGGCCACACUGAGCAAAGGGGCCACGUAGAUGUAGGUUGUACCAAAAGUAAUGCUUCCCAUUUCUUUCCAUGGAAACUACAGCAGAGACAAAGGGCACAAUGGCACAAUAUGAUAAUUUCUCAGCCUCACAACACUGUUUUUCAAUGUGGUCCCCACCAUGAGCUCUGCAUUUUUGUCAGCAGUGAACAAGAGCCUGCAUGAUGUGCCCCUCAGAACGUGCACCGGUGGAGUGACCCACUGCUGCCACUGCUGAAAUGCAUGCACCUCCCAGCCCUCACUGUGCUCACAUCCAUGGUUCAUCUCCAGAAACAUUCACCAACCAUUGACGGAUGUCAGUGGGUGAGACUGAAUCCCCAGAGGAACUCAAUUCCACACCUUUGCUUCAUCCUCACUUCCACGUCAGACACCAUUGUGUCCGACUGCCCCUCUGCUGCCAUCUGUCACACAGCAACAACAGGCAAUGGAUCUUGGUGGGGAGGUUCCACCUCUACUGCUGCACCACCAGCAUCCGCCUCUGAUGUGGUGGGCUGACAUCAUAAAAUGAGGCACUACUUUCAGAGCAGCCCUCAUAGAAUACAUAUAUGAGUUCAUAUGUGUAAGUAAUGAAACUGAUGUUGCUCUUCUGUGCUUCACCCUUUAGCAUUGUUGUUCCCAUUGGUGUUCAGCCCAUGCAUGGCAGCACACACCAGUAGCAGCAAUCACUGCAGUCAGAGCUGCCCUGCGCCCUCCCUGCAUCCUGAAAGCACAGCAGCAGCCCCACAGGGCAGUGGGAAGGGAUGGCAGUGCUGGGAUGCAAAGGGAUUGCUGCAAAAUGGGAAGAAUAAAAAGCAAGUGGGAUGAGGCAGAUGAGGAGAACCAAAACAAAACAGAACGAGAGAGCCCAAGUUCUGAAGGAAGUGCAGAAACGGCUUGUUCUGGAGGAACAGUACGCAGUGAUGGUUAAGAUUUAUCAAUACAGUCACAGUGCUUAACAAGACAGACAAUCCUCGCCGUGUCGUGGCAGCUGCAGUGCUGGUGCAGCCUCUUUACAGCUUUUAUCCUUGCUCUCUCGUAUUUCAUAUCUGAUCUUUUUUCUUCCCUCCUGCAUCAACGUCUCCUCUCUCAUUCCCUCUCUUUAUUCUCCUGCAUCGCUUCUUUUUUUCUCCUGCUAUCUCAUCUCCCUAACCCUCCUGCUCUCUCUUCACUAAAUUGGCUCCGUGCAGAAUCACUGCAUGCCUUUGCUUGGCUCUCCUUGACCCCUCUCCUGGCAGCUGUAAGGGAAGGAGCUCAUGGUGAUGUCCGCCCUGGUGCUGUGCUCCCCUCACCACUCAUUUCCCCCCAUCUCCAGAAUUACCCAGACCAACUCCUAUCCCUACCUGAGCUUGCAUGGCUUUGCAUUUUGCUUUUUGCUUCUCUUUGCUGCGGGCUGGCUGCUGUCUGAUAAAACAAGGCACAAUAUUGAACUGAUCUCAUCCCAACGUUCUGGGACAAAUGCCCACGGGGCAUGUUCUAUAGAACACCAAUUACUUGCUGUUUGUCACCAAC